GAAUCAAAGCCGACGGGGGAAUGAAAUGCUGUCAGCAGGCGACGGAAGUAUUUAAAAGCAGCUUCUUUUUACAAGAUUAUUCAGGAUAAUGAAUUAAUACAGCUAAAGAUCAGAAGAAUAAAUCUUCAACAGAAUGCCGUCAGCGGACGAGCGUAAGGAUUUUCUCCUUAACAGCUGUGCAUCUUUCUUUGGUCUCUCAUCUGAAGAUGGUGCCAUUUCACAGCUGUUUAAUGCCAGGGAGCUCAACACAUUCCUUGACGAUGGAAAUUGCUCAGUGCUGUCUGCAAGGCUUAACAGUCUUGGGAACAAUCAUCAAGUACAUCUCAAGAAUAAGGUGGAUCCUAGUGAGACAGGAGAGAAGGUUCUUUGUUUCUACAAAGUCCGUCCCAGUGUCAUAUCUAAAGAGAACAUUCAUUCAGAUGUAUAUUCACUGUCUAUGCUAGAUUCCCCAUGCAGUGCUUUGUAUCAAGCCAUUGAAAAGGUAUAUGCACCAUUGCUGAUUAAGGAUGAGAAGUGGAGUCGAACCAUGGACCCUAAGCUGCAAAGCUUGCUGAGUGAAUUCCAAGCUGGUCUGCAGAGUCUUGUUAGAAAGAUUGACCCCUCUCAGGCUGGCAAGAUGGUCAAAGAUGAUAACAGUUUUGCAGGAAUCCUGACUCCCAGUGAUGAGUUUCAGUACUGGGCAGAAGUUGCAGUGUCAGGCACCAAUGUAGACACUAAAGAACGAGCCCAGCUUUUUCAACAAUACUUUGAGCCAAUAACAAGAGACUACAGCAACCUUGAUGUCUUAUCCUUAGCUGAGGGUAUAGACCUUGUAGAGACAACUCAGGAUGCUGUAGAUGAUGUCUGGAAGCAGGGAGAGUUUGAAGUAUACCCUGAAAAGAGGAUGAAACACCUGCUGGAAGUGAUGGGGAGUUCCCUUGGCCGAUUUGCCCAAAGGAAACUAAGUGACUUCAAAAUCUGGCAAGACCCUUAUCACAAAGUCAAAGAAGCUCUGCGUCAGGCCAUUGCAAUCUGUGACAAGUGGGUGACGUCCUGUGAGAAAUUGACUGAUCAGUUCUGGAAGAGGGACCCUAUUCACCCCUGGAAGAGCUCCAAAUUUGCCCCUGAAGGCUUGAUCCAGCUCUCCGCCAGACUUCAGGAGAUUGCCACUUUGAGGACAGUCCAUGAGCAGCUAGUCCGUCUACUCUCCACUGGUGAACAGCAUGAACUACGUACAGCUGACGCCUUCACCCCAUUUGCAGGACUCAAUGCCUUGCAGUACAAUCCCUACACAGAGCCGAUAUGGCGGGCAGCAGUAACUCAGUACCACAGAGCCAUGGCGCCAGCUGAACAGCGUAUUGCAGGCAAGCUACGAUCCCAACUGAGGAAUUUAGAGGCAAGCCCCCAGCAGCUUCUUCGGGAAUUCCUGAAAAACAAAGAACUAGUGAGCAGGGAGAGUGUCCGUAAAGAGCUUGUAUCAGAAAGGGAAACACUUCUUGGUCAGCUCCAGGUGUACCUCAAGUCGAUCAAAGAUGACUUCAAUAUCAGAAUUAGUGAUACAGGACCCCCAACUGGCAAGAACUUACCAGAGGUUGUCAAUAAUAUUGUGUGGGUUAGGCAACUUGAAGCCAAGGUGGAGGAAACCUCAAGUGUUGCUGAGGCCCUCUUGAAUGAUCUCUCUGGAUUCAACCACUUCAGGAGGAGUGCUGCCGAUCUUGUGGAUGAGCUCAGGAAUUGGAGGCAGGAUCAAUUUGACAGCUGGUCACGUGAGAUACAAGCUGACAUCGAGGACCCACACAAGCCUCUCAGCUUACAGAUGAGUGGUCGUCUAAUGGAGUUUAACACCAAGAACAAUGAACUAGUAGUGUCCUACAGUGAGCGUCUAGUGACUCUGAUACGUGAAGUCAGGCAGCUACAGGCGUUAGGUUACCCAGUGGCCGCUAAGAUUCAACACACAGCAGCCAUUGCUCAGAAGUUCUACAAACAUGGGGUCAUUCUCAAACAGGUGGCACAUUUCCACAACACCAUCGCAGAGCAAAUGAUCCCUAGUCAGCGCAACCUGAUGUUACAGUCUGCCCUUGCCUUUGAGCGCAUCAUCAAGAAACCCAAUGUAGGGGCUAAGGACAGCGGAGGGCAGAAGGUGCAGGUAACAUGGGAUAAUCCCCAGGAGCUUGAAGCUUACAUCGUCAAGCUACAAGCGGCUGCCGAGAAACUCACCACAGAGAACAGGAAACUCAGGAAAUGGCACUUUGUUUUAUCAGAUAAGGUUGUACAGCUGAUGUCAGUGGACCUACUCCGCCAGCAGCCUCGUUGGAAGGAAGGUCUUCAAGAGAUUCGUGGCAUCAUGAGCACCCUAGAGAACCAGGGUUACAAGGCAGCGGAUAUGAAGACAUGGAAGAUGCAUUGGGACAGACAACUGUACAAGGCUCUUGAGCAUCAAUAUCAAAUGGGGCUUGAAGCACUCAAUGAAAACCUACCAGAGAUCAAAGUGGACCUCACAUACAGACAAAAACGUCUCCAGUUCCGCCCACCACUGGAAGAGAUCCGAGCUAAGUACUACAGAGAGAUGAAGAAGUUCAUCAGUCUGCCGUAUCACUUCCGUGGUCUGGCUGAUAGUGGUGAUGAUCUUAUCUUCCCUGUGAUUAUCGAGAAGCACACAUCUGGAUUCUCCACAGUCUACCGCAAGGCGGAGGAGCUGUUCCAGAGAUUAGCCAAAGCCCAAAAUGUCUUUAAGGAGUGGGUUGUAUUAGGCUCGGUGGAUCUGGAUAAACUAAUAGAGGAACACUUGCACACUGUUGCUGACUGGGAGCGUAAUUUCAAAGCCCUGAAGACAAGAGGCAGAGACUGUGAAAAGCUACCAAGCCAAAUCAAGGUGGACUGCAUCACCGUCUCCACCACCCCAGUCAAGUCCACCAUAGACAGCCUGAUUCAGCGUCUAUUCGACUCCCUGCUGUCGUCCCUGAGGUAUUCCAUCACAGAACAUGUCAAUGAAAUUGACCGCUUUCUGAAAGAUGCUACGGAGGCACUGUCAACAAGACCACAGACUGUGGAGGAGAUUGGGAAGGCCAAUGCUAAACAUGCUGAGUUACAGGCUAAGAAACCAGAGAUUAAACCACUCUUUGAGAAGUCUGAGAGUAAGAACAAACUCCUACGUACAGUGGCUGGUGGAGGGGUAGAUCAGUUGAGUCAACUACAAGCUAGAUGGGAUAAGUUUGAAAUCAUGAUGGAGAGUCAUGAGCUUAUGGUCAGAGAACAGGUUGAGGUAAUGAAAAGCAAUGUAGAGUCUCGUGUUGAGGCUUUUGUUUCUGACCUUGAGAAGUUUGCAGCUCGUUGGCAUCAAUUCAAGCCCAAGACGGACAUAAUAGAGUCUGGUGACAGAGAGGCAUGUUCAAUGGCUCUGGCUACAGUCAAAGAGAAGAAACAAGAAUUUACUGAAUUGGAUAAGACAAGAGAGAGCUUAGUUUUUGACUGCAAUCACUUUGGUCUUGAUGAGCCCCAGUUUGGAAUAGCAGAGGAAUUGAAGGAGGACUUCAAGCAGCAUGAAGCAAUGUGGACUCUGUAUGAGGAGUUCAGUAACGGACUCAAAGUAUUGGAAGAAACGGAAUGGAUUGUAUUCAGGUCCAAAACUUAUCAACUUGAUGAUUUCUUGGGGAUGUGGGCAGAGAAGCUACGUGGAUCGGGAGAGGAUGAGAUUGAACAUACAAUGAUGACCGUCAAACUCUCCAAAGAUAUCGAUAAAUACAAGGCUAUUUCACCCAUGUUGAAGUAUGUCAGCAGUGACGUGUAUUCCCAGGAACAUUGGCAUGAUAUGUUCCGCAUGCUGAAGAUGCCUCGUGGUACCACUCUAGAGAAACUUACAUUUGGGGAUAUUUUAGGAGCCACAGAUCAGAUCCUCGCUAACAGCCAAGCACUCAAGGAUUUGUUCAAUCGAGCCAAGGGAGAGGUCUCUAUCCGUGAUGCAUUGAGAGAGCUUGAUCUAUGGGGUGUAGGGGCAGCCUUUGCACUGACAGAGUACAGCGAUAGUCAGUCAGUUGUCAUUAUGCUCAUCAAGGAUUGGAAGGAAAUAGUCACAGAGGUUGGAGACAACCAGAGUCUUCUCCAGUCCCUGAAAGAUUCCCCGUACUACAAGGGAUUCGCAGACAAAGCCACCAUCUGGGAGCAGCGUCUUGCUGACUUGGACGAGUAUCUGCACAACAUGAACCAGAUUCAGCGCAAGUGGGUUUACCUGGAACCUAUCUUUGGCCGAGGAGCGCUGCCUAAGGAGCAAGGACGCUUCAAGAGGGUAGAUGAUGAUUUCAGGUCGAUCAUGAUGGAUGUAGCUCGUGACAGUAGAGUGCUAUCCCUGGUUGGAAGGCCAGGGUUAAGAAACACCUUGACUACGUUACUAGACCAACUACAGAGAUGUCAAAAGGCCCUUAAUGAAUUCCUAGAGGAGAAACGUUCAAUGUUCCCUCGUUUCUAUUUCAUCGGUGAUGAUGACCUGCUUGAGAUCCUUGGUCAAUCUACCAACCCAGUUGUCAUUCAAACCCAUCUCAAGAAGCUUUUUGCUGGAAUCCACAGUGUACAAUUUGACGAAGGAAAUAAGAACAUCUUGGCCAUGAAGUCUCUGGAAGGGGAGGUUGUACCACUCAAGAGCCCUGUACAAAUCAUGCCUGAUGUAGAGGUAUGGUUGGGAGAGCUUGCCCGUGAAAUGAAAGAGACAUUACAGCAGUUACUGCUGGAUUGUCUACGAGCUCACAGAGGAGGGCGUGGUCAGGGUGUGGAUCCCAACCAAUUCCCAUCCCAGAUCCUUUGCUUGGCCAACCAGAUUCAGUUCACAGAGCAGUGUGAGGCAGCCAUGAAGGAUAACAAUCUACAGGAAUGUUUACUAGAGUUGGAAUCUCAGCUAGAGGGCUACACCUCGGCUGAUAUACAUGGAGGAGAUGGGGACAGUGAUCAGAUGAUGCAUGUAUUGGAACUCAAACUCAAGGCACUCAUUCUUGACAACAUCCACUUCAUUGAUGUAGUACAGCAGCUACUGAAAGACAACAUUCUGAGUGUCGAGGAGUGGAUGUGGCAGAAGCAGCUACGGUUCUACCAAGCAGAGAAGGGCAAAGCUAUCAUGAGGAUGGUUGAUGCAGAAUUCCAAUAUACAUUUGAAUACCAAGGCAAUGCUUCCAAACUGGUCCACACUCCUCUGACAGACAAGUGUUACUUAACGUUAACCCAAGGCAUGCAUAUGGGUAUGGGAGGGAACCCGUAUGGACCAGCUGGUACAGGAAAGACAGAGUCUGUCAAAGCUCUUGGUGGUUUGUUUGGUAGACAGGUCUUGGUCUUCAACUGUGACGAGGGUAUUGAUGUGAAGUCUAUGGGUCGUAUCUUCAUUGGCUUGGUUAAGUGUGGAGCAUGGGGUUGUUUUGAUGAGUUCAAUCGUCUUGAAGAAGCAGUGCUGUCGGCCGUCUCUAUGCAGAUCCAGACCAUUCAAGCAGCACUCAAGAGCAAGAAAGCCAGCUGUGAACUUCUUGACAAAACAAUUGAUAUUGAUCCUAACUCUGGUAUCUUCAUCACACUGAACCCUGCUGGCAAGGGCUACGGGGGUCGCCAGAAACUACCAGACAAUCUCAAACAGCUGUUUAGACCUGUGGCCAUGUCCAGACCGGACAAUGAGCAGAUUGCUGAAGUCAUCCUCUUCUCUGAAGGAUUCAAAGAUGGCAAGAGUCUGGGACGCAAAUUGGUUGCCAUCUUCAACCUCUCAAAGGAGCUAUUGUCUCCACAGCAGCAUUAUGACUGGGGACUAAGAGCUCUAAAGACAGUCCUUAGAGGCUCAGGGAACUUGCUGCAGAUAGCUAGACGGCAACAAAGCAACAGUAAUGCCAAUGGUAAGAUUGAGGAGAGCAAGUUAGUAGUCCAAGCUCUACGAGUCAACACUCUAUCUAAGUUGACCUUCUCCGACAGCUUGAGAUUUGAUUCACUCGUCAAGGAUGUCUUCCCUGGUGUGGAACUCAAGGAUAUAGAGUAUGAGAGUCUCGCCCAGAGUCUUAGAGAUGUCUGCUUGGAGUCUAAUCUGGUCAUCAUGGAGACACAGAUCAAGAAGGCUCUUGAGUUGUAUGAGCAGCUUCGUCAGCGUAUGGGUGUCGUCGUGGUGGGACCUAGUGGCUCUGGAAAGUCAACUACAUGGCAACUCUUAAGAUCUGGUCUCAAUAAGACUGGACAGGUUGUCAAACAGUACACAAUGAACCCUAAAGCUAUGCCUAGAACACAGUUACUGGGUCAGAUUGACAUGGAUACCAGGGAGUGGACUGAUGGUGUGCUGACAUACAGUGCUAGACAGGUGGUCAGAGAACCAAUAGAGAUCCAGUCGUGGAUUAUCUGCGAUGGUGACAUUGAUCCUGAAUGGAUCGAAUCUCUCAACUCUGUCCUUGAUGAUAACCGGCUCCUUACCAUGCCAUCUGGAGAGAGAAUACAGUUUGGUCCCAAUGUCAACUUCCUAUUUGAGACUCAUGACCUGAGCUGUGCAUCCCCUGCCACUAUAUCACGCAUGGGAAUGAUCUUCAUGAGUGAUGAAGACACCCAGAUCAAAGACCUAGUGGAAUCCUGGCUCAAUAAACUUCCCCCAGAGAGAAGCUCUGAACUCCAGGGAUGGAUCGACAAAUACUUCUACAGUGCCUUGGAAUCUGUCCUGGCUAAGUCCAGUGACUACGUGGUGGAUACCAGCCAGGUGGGCGUGGUCAUGAAUGGCUUGUCCCAUCUAAGAGGAGCCCAGGAGGAGGUGGACUUCAUCGUUUGCCUCAUCAGGGGGCUGGGAGGAAAUCUGAAAGAGACGGCCAGGCAAAAUUUUGCAAAGGAGAUAUUCCAGAAGGCACAUGAGUCCCCGCCAGACCCACGUAGACCUCUAGACACCUACUAUGAUGCCAAGAGUGGACGCCUCAUGAACUACGUCAUUGAGGACAGCAGUGAUUUGACGGCAGAUGAUUUCAACAAACCCAAUUCCCUGCCAGUCAUUCGUACCUCCAAUGUUCAGAUGUGCCUGGAUUAUUUCGCCCCAUGGCUGGAUGCGGAGCACAGACAACCAUUUAUAUUAGUUGGUCCUGAUGGCUGUGGUAAAGGCAUGAUACUGCGUCAUUGCUUCGCCAACCUCCGCUCCACUCAGAUUGCUACAAUCCACUGUAGUGCAGAGACGUCACCUACCCAUGUACUGCAGAAACUUCAACAGACAUGCAUGGUCCUAAGCACUAACACUGGUCGUGUGUAUCGACCUAAGGACUGUGAGACACUUGUACUGUAUCUGAAGGAUUUGAAUCUUCCUAAGCCAGAUAAGUGGGGUACCUGUCAGCUGAUAGCCUUUCUGCAACAGGUCUUGACCUACAAGGGUUUCUACGACCAUAACCUUGAAUGGGUUGGAUUAGAAGGUGUUCAGAUCGUUGCUAGUAUGAAUGCAGCACACACUGUGGGACGUCAUCCUCUCACCUCCAGAUUCACAUCCAUUGUUCGCAUCUGCUCAAUCAGCUACGCCGAUCAGGAGCAGUUACAGGCAAUCUACAGCUCUUACCUGAAGGCUGUUAUUCAUUCCAACCUACCAUCACAUCCAAUCUGGGGAUCUGCAUCUAGAUGUAAUCAGCUAGCUGUCUCUAUGCUCAAUGUCUAUGAACAGACACGUGCCAAGUUCUCCAUUGAUGAACACAGCCACUACCUGUUCACACCUCGAGACCUUACCCAGUGGGUCUUGGGUCUCCUCCGCUAUGACCUGAAGGCAGCAUCAUCAGACAACACCAGUGACUACGUCUUGGAGAUCUUUGCCUAUGAGGCUUCCCGUCUGUUCAGGGACAGGCUUGUCAGUGAAGAGGCAAGGAGUCGUUUUGACUCAAUCCUCUUAGGAGCUUUGCAGUCAGAGUGGAAUGCUGGUCAUGUAAUGCAGAAUAUGGCAGGUGUAUACUACGUGACAUGGGGAUCCAGAGCUGAUGCAGGAGCUUCAGGGGGUCCCUUACCACCUGUGGGUAAACCUUUGGGUAGACUCAGCUCAUCUGACCUUAAAGAGGUCAUCAAGAGGGCAAAGGUCACUAUUGCUCGUGAGAAUCGUGAGAUGAACAUUCAGAUCUUCCGUGAGGUGUUAGAGUAUGUAGCCCAUGUGGACAGAGUUCUCUCCCAGCCUGGUGGCUCGUUACUGAUGGCAGGAUGUAGUGGUGUAGGAAGACGGACAGCGGUCACGCUAGUAGCACACUGCCAUCGUAUGGAGCUCUUUACCCCCAAGAUGUCCAGAGCAUACGGCAUGAAACAAUUCAAGAAUGAUCUCAAAGGGGUGAUGCAACUAGCUGGUGUUGAAGGCCAACAGGUGGCUCUCCUCCUAGAGGAUCAUCACUUCAUCCAUCCACAGUUUCUUGAGCUUAUCAACAGUCUACUGUCAGCUGGAGAGAUCCCUGGACUGUAUACACCAGAGGAGCUUGAACCCCUUCUGGCACCGCUCAGGGACCAGGCAUCGGAUGAGGAAUUCAGGGGCACUCUGGCAAGCUACUUUGCCUCACGUAUUCAAGUCAAUCUGCAUAUCAUUCUAGUCAUGGACUGUAAGAACAGCUCUUUCACAAUGAACUGCCAGAGUAAUCCAGCCCUGUACAAGAAGUGUUCAGUUCAAUGGAUGGAAGGAUGGAGUAAAGAUAGCAUGAAAGAGUUGCCAAAGAUGCUUCUGAGCAGUCGAGCCAACGAAGAUAAUAAAAAAGACAAAGGUAAAGACAGUAAACGUCGCCGUAAAAUCUCAGGUGGUGACGAGCUUAUCAAGACAUUCCUUCAGAUUCAUCGAUCCGCCUCGGCAAGGAACUCUACUCCUCGACGUUACGUCACUUUCCUACACACCUACAUGUCUGUGUAUCAAAAGAAGAAGGCUGGGGUGGAGCUCAGACAAAAACAUUUGCAGGCUGGUGUGUCCAAACUGAAUGAAGCCAAAGCGCUAGUGGCUGAGCUAAACAGCAAAGCAGCUGAGCAGAGCAUCACUCUUGCUGAGAAGCAGAAAGAAGCUGAUGAAGCACUCAAGAAGAUCCAGACUAGUAUGGAGAAUGCAGGCGAGCAAAGACGUGAGAUUGAGAUUCUCAAACAACAGGCCGACGAAGAGAAUCAGAAACUGGACAAACGCAAACGUGUGAUAGAUGUUGAACUGGCUGAGAUUGAGCCUCGAGUGCAGGAGGCCAAGUCUGCUGUAGGGAGCAUCAAGUCGGAGAGUCUGAGUGAGAUCAGGGCGUUGAGGGCGCCGCCUAAUGUUAUUCGAGAUAUCCUAGAGGGUGUGCUGAGACUCAUGGGGAUAUUUGAUACGUCAUGGGUCAGCAUGAAAAGUUUCCUUGCUAAGCGUGGCAUUAAGGAGGAUAUAACAAACUUUGAUGCCCGUAAGAUUUCCCCUGAGAUCAGGGCAGGUGUAGAGGAACUUCUUGGUAGGAACGGUGCAUCUUUUGAACCUCAGAAUGCCAAGAGAGCCAGCACAGCAGCAGCUCCACUAGCUCAGUGGGUUAAAGCCAACGUCAUGUAUUCUCAUGCCUUGGAGAAAAUUGGCCCUCUAGAGGCUGAACAGAACCAUCUCAAGAAAAACCUACAGAAGGCCAUCAGUCGCAUGGAGAAACUGCAGAAGGGUCUGGAGGAUGUUGACAGACGAGUCGAGGAGUACAAGAGGAAGUUCCAGAAGCUAAACGAGGAAGCCACCAAGCUGAAACUAGAAUUAGAGAAAGAGCAAGAGACGAUUAGCUCGGCGGAGAAUCUGAUUGGCAAGCUGGAAGGAGAGUAUCAACGCUGGAGUGCUCAGGUAUCUGAGCUGAAGGCAGACCUAGAGACCUUGCCCAAGAAAGCCCAGAUAGCAGCCGGCUUCAUCACCUACCUAUCAUCAGCACCAGAGGAUGAACGUAGAGCUAAACUAUCUGCUUGGGCUGAGAUGGCUCAAAUGGAGACCUUUGACAUGAGACGGUUCUUGAGCACAGAGAGUGAACAGCUUAUCUGGAAAGGGGAAGGUUUACCCAGCGAUGAUCUCUCUAUGGAGAAUGCUCUUGUUAUCCUUCAGAUAAAUGACCUUCCUGUCACGAAUUCCUUGAGGCCAUUCCUUGUGGAUCCUUCAUCUAGAGCCACUGACUGGUUGAAGACACAUCUUAAGGAUGCCAGACUAGAAGUGGUCAAUCAACAGGAUUCCAACUUCAACACUGCUCUUGAGCUUGCUGUGCGCUUUGGAAAGACCCUAAUCAUUCAAGAGAUGGAUGGCAUAGAACCCAUCCUUUACCCUCUCCUGCGGGCAGAUCUUGUCAGUCAAGGACCUAGAUUUGUGAUUCAGAUUGGUGACAAAGUGAUUGACUACAAUGAGGAUUUCCGUUUGUUCAUGACAACACGUAAUCCCAACCCUGAGAUUCCACCAGAUGCUGCCUCUAUUAUAUCAGAGGUCAACUUUACAACAACGAGGGCAGGCUUGACUGGCCAGCUUUUGGCUAACACCAUCCAGCAUGAGAAACCAGAGUUGGAAGUCCGUAAAACAGAACUCUUGAAACAAGAGGAGGAUCUAAAGAUCCAACUUGCUGAGCUUGAACAAUCUCUCCUUGAGACUCUGGCCAAGUCAGAAGGUAACAUUUUAGAGAACAAAGUGCUCCUGGACUCGUUGAACAAGACCAAAGAGAGCAGUCAGACAAUCUCCAGCUCCCUGAUGGAGUCUGUCCACCUCCAAGCCUCUCUGGACCAAGAGAGGUCUGCUUACCUACCCCUGGCAGAGAAUGGUAGCACCCUGUUCUUUGUCAUCAGUGACCUGGCUAAACUCAAUAAUAUGUACCGUUUCAGUCUGGGAGCAUUCCUCAGGCUGUUCCUGAGAGCGCUUGAAGGAAGAACAGAUGGCAAUAGCACUGAGAUGAGGAUUCAGAAACUCAUCAUCUCUCUUCAGACUCUUGUCUAUGAGUACGUUUGUAGAUCACUGUUUAAGGAAGCCCGCCUGAUGUUUGCUCUUCACCUGGUACAUGGAAUGUACGCGCAUCACUUCAAGGAAAAUGAAUGGGAGUUAUUCCUCGGUCAGAUUGUUUCUGACGUUAAACCUGAUGCAAAUAAAUCCAAGGAUGGACUACCUAGCUGGAUUGAUCAGGACAGAGUACAAGCUGUGUCUGUUCUUAAGUCUAAUUUUGUGCCACUGUACCAGACUCUAAACCUGUCUGAUACCAAUCUCUGGUCAUCAUUCUCAAGAAGCUCUCAAUGUGAACAAGAAUUCCCAACCAGCCUUGAGAAGAAAAUCUCACCAUUCCAGCAGACCUUAGUAGUCCAAGUACUCCGGCCAGACAGACUUCAGAGUUCUAUGUCUAUGUUCGCAAGCAAAAUACUGGGUAUGAAGGAGUUAUCCCCACCCACAUUGAACCUAAAGCGUCUCUGUCAGGAGACAGUGCCAUCAGAGCCCAUACUAGUCAUCAUCUCACCUGGUGCAGAUCCUUCUCAAGAGCUUCAAGAUCUCGCCAAUGAAGUCAUUGGUGCGGAAAAGUACCAUCAGGUUGCUAUGGGUCAGGGGCAAGCUGAUAUAGCCAUGCAGCUUCUACAUGAUUGUGCUCGUAAUGGAGAAUGGUUGUGCCUGAAGAAUCUUCAUCUUGUCACUCCAUGGUUGGCUGUUCUGGAGAAGGAAAUGAACACACUUGAGCCUCAUGAGAAGUUCCGUCUCUGGUUAACUGCAGAGAGUCAUCCUAAAUUCCCUACCAUUCUACUACAAUCAAGUCUCAAGAUCACCUAUGAGGCUCCACCAGGAAUAAAGAAGAACCUUCUUCGAAGCUACGAGUCCUGGUCCCCCGAAUUCAUCAGCAAAGAUAACAACACAGUACGCUCACAGGCACUCUUUGCUCUUGCCUGGUUCCACGCUGUAUGCCAGGAGAGACGUAAUUACAUUCCACAGGGCUGGACCAAGUUCUAUGAGUUCUCUAUGUCGGACUUGAGAGCAGGGGCAGACAUUAUUAAUAGGCUGGCUGUGGGAAAGGGCAAAGAGCUUCAGUGGGACUUUAUUUACGGACUGUUUGAGAAUGCAAUCUAUGGUGGUCGGGUGGAUAACCCAUUUGACAUGAGAGUCUUACGCUCCUACUUAUCGCAAUACUUCAACAAGGAUGUACUGGCUGGAGGUGGCGCUAAGAGACCUAAGAAAAUUGCUGCUGGUGUCUCUGUACCGUCCUCUGCUUAUUACAGGGACUACACUGAUCUAAUCAACUCUUUCCCUGAGGAUGACAAGCCAUCAUACUUUGGUCUACCAGCGAACAUUGAACGCUCCUCUCAACGGAUCAUCAGUAAUCAGGUCAUCUCCCAACUCAAGAUCUUACGUCGACUCGAUGAGGCAGCUGUCAAGUUUGAUAUGGAUCGCUGGAACUCAGAGUUGGGUCCUAUCCUAAACUUAUGGAAGAAACUUAAUCAAGGUGCCCAGAUCAUACAGACCAAGCUUCAAGCUCCAAGUGAGAAAUCCGGCUCUGACAACCCAGUCACAUCAUUCAUCCAGCUGGAACGUUACAAUGCUGUCAUGCUGGUCCAGUUUGUUCACUCUACACUGGCUGCACUGAGUAAGGUGAUCCGCGGUACAACACUGUUAACCAGUGAGGUACAGAAUAUGGCUGCAUUACUACUCAAACAGGAGACACCCCUAGAUUGGCAGAGCAGAUGGGAAGGUCCAGAGGAUCCUAUACAGUACCUGCGCACACUAGUGGCUCGUACCAUGGCCAUUCAGGGGUGGGUUCAGAAGGCUGAAUCCAGGUCCUUAUUGAAUGAGACAUUAGACUUGUCAGAGCUCUUUCAUCCAGACACAUUCCUGAAUGCUUUGAGGCAACUAACAGCGAGAGAUAUAAAAACAUCAAUGGACAGUCUUAAGUUUGUCUGUACAUGGGGAGGAUCCAUCAGUGGAGCUAAACACCAAGUCAAGAUCGGUGGGCUGCAGCUAGAGGGAUGCACUUUUGAUGGAUCCAGACUCUCUGAGAAUCAACGAGACUCUCCUAGUGUGUGUACCAUACCCACAUGCACAGUAGCAUGGGUUCUAAAGGAUGCUGGUGAGCCAUACAAUAGCCAAGACAGCAUUUCACUACCUGUGUACUACAGCGCUGACCGUGAGAAGAUAGUGACUCAUCUAACGGUACCCUGUGGUGGAGACCAAGAUCACUGGGUCCAGACUGGGGCCGCGCUCUUCUUGAAAAGCCUUUGAAUAUCAUCGCAUCAUUUGUAAAUCUAUCUAUUGACCCAAUUCACCUGACGUCAUCAUCAGAAUAAUCUUGGAUGUGUCAAACUGGUGGGCACUGUCACUGUGCGCUAUUCAGUGAAGUGCGCAUUUUAGGCGGCGCAGUGUUUACACGUAAACCUAUUGCCCACCAAAAUGGUGAGCGUGGCACAGUCGCCGCGUAUGCCAUGCGUGGAAGGGGUCAAUAUCACUGUGUAUUCAACUACUGUGCCUUGAGAAAAGGGUUAAAUAAAUAAUCAAAUGAAGCCAAAACCACAAAUUUUUUUGUCAAUACAUCCUUGUUUUUCAAAGGAGAACAAAUAUUCAGUGAGAUAAUGAAAAUAUCUUAUUUUGCUGCACUUAAUGUUAUCCAAUCUCCUGACCCACAAACCACUAAUGCAGUUUAUUUUAAUGAAUUUCGUUUUAAUAAAUUGCGUUUGAUUUACAACUGAACAAUUUCUUAUGAGUUGUUUUCGUUCAAGCAGUUGGAAAGUUUUCUAGUAAUCAGAAACUAAAGGGUCUAUUUUGAGGCUGAUAAGGAUUUCAACAAUCAAGUGUGUGAUCUAGAAAUUAUAGAGAAAUCCUGUAUAUAAAGAGUAUAUAUUGUUUUUAAAAGUGUGUUUGUUUGCCGAGUACUGUACACUAAAAAUUUAGUUUCAAGGAUGAAAUAAAUAGAUCUUUAUUUUAUAAGUUAUGCUGAACAAAUACACACUGAAGUCAUUUGCCUGCAUGAAUAUAACUAAACACUGUUUUGUGUGCAAUUUGAAAAGGCGUAGGUAAAGUUUCCACUUCUUGAUUAUCUGAUAGUUAUCACAUGCGUUACAUAACAUAUAAUCCUGAGUGAAUUGGACAAUAGAAGGAACACAUAUUUGUCAUUCCUUUAGCAGACCGUGUCCCAACUCUGCAAUAGCUCAUGAAUGUAUUAAGUAAUGACAACAUCACGUAGGGAAUCCAGCCAGAUGUCAGCAAGUGACCUUGUUAUGUGGGCGUACCUGAAGACUAUUAUUAUUGUUUUUCCAAAUGAAUUAUUGUAUUAAAAUUACAAGAUUUAACUUAAAAGCAUCAUUACUUUGUAUAACAGCAAACCUUUAAAGUCAUACACUUUCUUGCUUUUUAAAUCACACGAAAGCUUUCAAGAUUCAAUUCACAAUGACUAGAAUAAGUAUUGGUGUCUACUGUCUAGUUACUGGAUCACAAUUUCUUGUUUUCUGCAAUUCAUAAUCAUAGACGUUAAACCAAUGUUUGUUAGGGAGAGAUUGGCUGUUGCCAGCUUGGUGUUUAUAUC